AUGGGGCAGAUGUCGGACCUUGAUCGGCAGAUUGAGCAGCUGAAGAAAUGCGAGCCGCUCAAGGAGUCGGAGGUGAAGGCACUCUGCUUGAAGGCCAUGGAGAUCCUUGUCGAGGAGAGCAACGUCCAGCGCGUCGACGCUCCCGUCACCGUGAGAAUUAACUUCUUCGAUCCUUCCUCUUCUUUUUUACCACUACUUGAUGUCAAGUUGCAGCUGCUCCUACUUUCCCUUCUGGAGGGCUUACGUUCUUAUUUAUCGAUGGCUAGGAGUAUUCCCUCCAAUUAUUUAUGCUUUCCCGUAAUUUCGUAUUCAAUCCUAUAGGCGGAAUUCUGUGGCGGUUUAUCCUUCUCGUCUUUUAUCAUUUGAGGUUAGGUUGAACUGGGUGAAGUUUUCAUUCAAUGCCCGUUCUUAUGCGGCACUUAGCCCUCGAAGUCGGAAUUCGGCUCCCCUCCUUGCGCCAACGUUUUCCGCAGAAAUAUGGCUAUCUAUUUUGAUUCAUUACGAAAUCACUGUUAAAUGCGUGCUCUUCUGAGAACGAAACACGAAGGGAUUUGGAAUAGCUGUUUACACAUCAUGCAAUACCGUUGGCAGGUUUGUGUUCACAUUGAACAAGUUAAACUCCUUGAGGUUGUGUUGUCUUAUCUUGGUUGCAUCUUUGAAGGGCUGUCGUUUAUCUUGGCUAGGGCUGUCAUUCAUUAAUUAGCUCCUUUUUUUGGUUCGGACGUUGUAAUCUGAGUCCAGCUCAGGACCUUAGGUUGUGCGCCGAACCAAUGCAAUUGGACUGCUACUCAAGGGCAUGUAGAGUCGAUACUGGGUGUAAGCUUCUGAUAUGUUUAAUUUAGAUGACUAUGCCACGUGACUAUGAUGUUUAAUUUAUAUUUAUUUUUAUUCCAUAAAAAUAAAUAUAACUGUGAAUUAAAAAAGACAUCUCUAAGUAGCUAUUGGCUGCCUUUCGAUCAGAAGCUUUGAAAGCCCUCGAAAAAUGCAUGCUUACUGGUAGCUUCACUGUUUUAAAAGGAUGCUUUCCGCUUGAACGUCCUCAGCUGCAUUAAUUCGUGUUCAUCACAUAGUGAGAUGCCGUUCAAUUCUAUCACCAUUUCAGAGUUCGCAAUGUAGACUAAUUUCUUAAAGAGUAUGAGAAGAGUCUAAUCUGAUUCAGACUCCUAUUACAACGAGCGUAAGAUUUGAGCAGAAGUGCUUUUGACGAAGAUAAAGUGGCAUAAACCCACCAUCAAAGAAGAUCAGAACAGCGAACCUCAAAACCUCAAAUAUAGCAUAACUAGGAGUUUUCUAUUGUUUAACCUUAAAUCCUGUAGGCUUAAUGGACCCUAUAAGUUGUUCAGCUAGCGCGAAAAUUCAAGGCUUAAAAGGGUGAUCAUGUGACAGAAACUCACAAAAAGAUUCAAUGAUGAUUUUUUGUUUCACCUAAUCACUAAGAAACACUAUUUUCGAAGAGUUGAUAUAAUCAACUGGUGACUUGCUCCUGCAUAUAGGGGUGGAGAAGUAUUGUCGUUCUGAUUGAUGUUCUACAUGAUAAAAAUGAACCAUGAACAGAUGAUUCUGCAGACUUUGAUUUGGUUAAAUGAUUUCUGCAACAAUUAAUUUAGGAAAAUUCGGUAGUUCAUCGUGGAUGGCCAGCUUUGUUUUCGGUAUAGGAUAGCUUUUAUCCACAUGCAUCGAAUUGAUUUUAACUUCCAAUUACAUCUUGUAUCAGAUUAUUUACUCUGAGAAGCUACUAAUUUUUUAUACAUUUUUUCGUCUUAUUUAGGUAUGUGGUGACAUUCAUGGCCAGUUUUAUGACAUGAAAGAGCUUUUCAAGGUUGGAGGUGACUGUCCGAAGACAAAUUAUUUAUUUCUAGGAGAUUUUGUUGAUCGGGGAUUUUAUUCAGUUGAAACGUUUCUACUUCUAUUGGCGCUCAAGGUGAGAAACUAGUUCUUUGAAAAUAUCUGCUUUGAUGUUGAAUAUAAGAUCUGUAUCAAAUUUUCGAGUGGUGGUUUGUGUUUGAGAUUAUACAUGCUAGUUCGUCAAUAUUUUAUCUGUGGUUAAUUUAUUUACUACAUGGGCUGGGGCUCAAUGUGACUAGGAAGCUGCCCAUUACUUUACGAAAAUAAUGUUCUUUUUGGGAAAAUGUUUGUCUCGUCAUUUUCUUCGAUUUAAUAUUCUGGUGAGUUUUUUUGGCAUCCAAUUAGUUGCAAUGUUUCUUGUCGGAUGCCAUCUUGAUGCCGAAUACCCUUUUCGUAAUAGUAGACAUAGCAAUUGGCUGGUCAUGUGAUAAGGCAUAUGAACAGAAGAAAAGACUAACAGAAAAUGUUUAAAUGUUUGAAGGUGCUAGGAAACGAAGUGUAAAAUUUAUUAUUCAGUUGUUUCCCUCAUUUCUUUCUUUGAUCAAUUUAUUAUUCAAGUAUUUGAUAAUUAUCUCUGCGAACGGUGAGAAAAAAUUCCAAGAAAAAGCACCAAUUACAUGGAGACUAGUAUAAAAUUUAUUUAAGAUGGGGACUAUGGGGAUCUGUCCUAAAAUUGCAAAUCUUCUGAAAAGAUUUGUCUGUAUUUGUGCAUAGUCUCCCUGGAGAAGAGAAGAGGUUAUUUAUAAUCACUGGAGAAUAGCAUAUUUAUCAGCUCAUUGGAACCGAAGAAAUCCUGGAAGGAUGUGAAAAGGACUGAUCAGUGCAUUCAUUCAGGUUGCAGUAGUUGCUGCUACAUGCUACAUGAACAGAGGAACAUGGGAGUGCUCCUGAAGCACUUAGAAGAACGUUAGAAAGGUGUAAUGGUAGGUCGUGUACUUGGUCAGGUAAUGACAUUAGCGCUGGGCUGUUUUCCACCAUUCCUGGAGAGUUUCACAUCUCAGACCCAUUUCAUUCAUUUAAUUUCAUUUAGAAAAUUUUAUUCAUGAAAACGGAAAACCGAGUAAAAAGCGUAAAAUAAUUAAUGAUGCUAUAUUCAACCAAAUAAUAAAUGGGUUGACGUUCCAACUUCUGUGGCAUAGGUCAUCAUUUGGAUAGUCUAUCUACCUCAAAACAUCUAUUCACUAGACAUUCCUUUUCAGAUUGGAUCUUGGUUCUGCACUGUAUUGCGACAUGAAGAAGAUAUGAAGAGUUUGAGAGUCGAUAUUAAAAGGCAACCGAAAAUCAUGGGUGUUCAUCCCGUCAUGUGGUUUGUUACAUCAUUUCAAAUGAAUAGAAUGAUUGUAUAUCUAGAUGUGAGAAUUGCUUGGUUAGAAAAGAUUCGACCCCGCUUAAGGAACCAUCCCAUCACUGCUCUGGCGUGGUCAACUCAUCCAACUUGCGAGUGAAUGUCAGAAUGGUUUCACUUUGAAAACAACAACCUUAAAUCUGUGACCAGAAAUAGUAUGUUUUACUCAUCGACUGUUGAUCUUGAGUUUGACGGUCCGAUUUGAUGAUGUGGCGUCAGAAUGCCUGGUUCUAUUCUAAUGUUGUGCUGAUCUAUGCAACGUACGAGACAUGAUAGUAAUGUAGGCACUCAUCUGUUGUAUUCAUCGAGGACUCAUUCCUUGGAGAGACCGCAUCUUUCGUUCCCCUCCAUAUUUCAUUGUUUUUACCUUUUUUUGGUUCAUCUAUGCAACUUUUUAGCUAAACUGUAUGCUGACUGCAGGUCAGGUAUCCAGAUAGGAUUACUCUUAUACGGGGAAAUCACGAAAGCCGCCAGAUUACACAGGUUCAUGCCAUCUCAGUUGCUCUGUACUGUCUCAUGCAAUACCAUUCUUCAAUAUCCUUUUUUUCUUCCCCUAGGUCUAUGGCUUCUAUGAUGAAUGUCUCCGUAAAUAUGGCUCUGUUAAUGUAUGGAGAUACUGCACAGAUAUAUUUGAUUACCUAAGGUAUCGCACUCUGGUUGGAUAAUUUUUCCUCUUUUUUUCUUCUUUUUUUCCUUCUUGAAGAAACUAUCCAAGUAGUCCACUUUGUUCAUAUUUCUAUUUUUUGAUCUAAAACCCUUCUUCACAGCCUGUCAGCACUCGUUGAAAACCGAAUAUUUAGUGUCCAUGGAGGGCUCUCUCCAUCCAUACAGUCAUUAGAUGAGGUCAGUCGUUUUUGUUUCAUUACUCCUCCCAUAAAACUCUCUGAAUAUAAAAUGGAGUCAACCCUGUUUGUAGAUAAGAACAAUAGACCGCAAGCAGGAAGUGCCUCACGAUGGGGGCAUGUGUGACCUCUUGUGGUCAGACCCCGAAGAUGCGGUGGACAGUUGGGGCGUAAGUCCACGAGGCGCGGGGUACUUGUUUGGUGGGACUGUGGUCACUUCUUUCAACCACUCCAAUAACAUUGAUUACAUCUGCCGUGCUCAUCAACUAGUGAUGGAAGGCUACAAGUGGAUGUUCAACAACCAGAUUGUCACUGUCUGGUCUGCCCCAAAUUACUGUUACAGGUAAUCACUCUAUGCCUAUCCUGAAUUGACGACGUGAUCUGCCACAACUUUUCUCUGUUCAACAUCCACCUUGAUUUUAUGAUUUUGAGAACCAAUAAAAAAUCACCCGUAUGAUGUUCAAUGCCAGUUGAAUUCUUUUCUGGGCUAAAAUCUCUUAAUUACUGCUGAAGCCCCUCACCUGGGUUACUUGGAGUUCGCUAAUGGUAAAUGGAAUCAUUGAGAAACUGGGUUGUUCUGGUUUGGAUCAUUUUUUAAUUGGUUUAAAUCACAUUGCUAUGCUUUUUUUCUUUUUUUUCUCUCUCUCUCUUAAGCUUAUCUGGUAGAAAUCGCUUAGUGUCCUGUUCUCCUUCAACCGAUUUGGUAUAUCAUUCAUUUUUAUGCACUCUCUUGAGCAUCUCAGAUGCGGUAAUGUGGCCGCCAUUCUCGAGCUUGACGAGAACCUGAACAAGCAGUUUCGUGUGUUUGAGGCUGCGCCGCAAGUUUGUGCAUAG